UUUUUAUAUAGUUACCGGAAGCUUGAAAAAACAGGAGGAGUGUUGCAAAAUAAAAACAAACAGGUUUACGCAAUUGAAGGCUUUUGAAGAUGGCAAUGAUUGAUUUUCAUAUCUUAUGUCAGUCAUUACUUUAUUUUGCAGCAUUCGUUGCAGGGUUUGCUAUCUCAAUACCUGUAGGAGUAAACAGAAUAAAUUUCCAGGGACAGUGCAUUUUAUAUGCCGAUUUUAAAUGGAAUAAUGCAACAUCGUUUGUUAUGACUGGGAGUAGUUCAGUCAACUGUAAUUUUCCCAUAUACUUCAGUGUGUUUGGUCUGAUAUUCUAUGGCCUUGGAACAGGGUUAUAUAACCUGUAUGCUGUGAUCAGGUCCAUGAAGGAUCCGGAAAUAGGAUCUCAGAUGUGGGUGAUGCCAUUUAUCCUGGUCAACACUCUGCUUGCUUUCACGACUAUGAUAGUAGCAUGUGUUCUUUCUGUUGGAUUUUUGCAGUUUUGUGAAGGCCUUACAAAGAAAACUGUUCGAAGUUGUUUUUCACAAGAGAAUAAGAUGUGGCAUAAUAAAGCUAAGGAUAAGAUGUUUGAUUCCGGACCAUACUACAAACUUAUCACUGUGGCUCAGGUUGCGGCAUGGACAUGUGUUCUGGUGUUUAUUCUACAGAUUGUACUCAGUGUUCUGAGAUUCAUACGUAACCGUCGACGAAGAUCGGCCCAGAUGUUCAACGAGGCUCAGAAGGAUCAUACCAGUUCAGAUACAAGCAGAAUUGCUGAAUUAGAACCAACAGCUUAACAUGGCUGUCUGAAUCUGUCGAUCAACAAAACUCUAGAUCUUACGUAGCGUUAUUUUACAAACUUAAUUUUAUACAUAAUCAGAGAUAUAAAACAACUUAUUGUAACACGACCCACAUUUUUCCCUAUUGAACAUAGAAGAACAGAAAGUGUGUGUUACUAUGCUAUAAAAUCACUGUUUGACGUUCAAGACUAUAUUUAGACAUGUGACGUAAUCAUUGUACAUGUGACGUAA